GCAACAUGAGUGUAGUAAGUCUUGUACGCUGGGCUUGGCCUGGUGUUGCUGCUCGACGUCUGUUCUCCACUUCUCCUUCCGUAAGGACUGCAGCUCAGUCGACAUUCGCACAUAUGGCCGACAACUACGUCCACUUCUACUCCCACACGCCGCUCAACCGCCUUGGCUGGCUCCGGACCUCCAGCCCAUUCCUCAACACCUGCAUCACCCACCCUCGCUCCCUCUUCCUCCCUUUCCACCAAGGCCGGCCUUUGCUCGCAGGGGGCAAGCCUGCCUACCUCCAGCUUGAGAGCGUAAGGGCUCUCAUCGGCAGUGAGCCUUGGUUUGGCCAGGGCAAGGCCGGAGAGCAGGCGGAGAAGGACAAGUGGACUGAUGGAUACCGGUUUAGGGAGAACGGGGCCAGCCUGGUCUUCCUCGGUGUGUUGGAGGAUGAAGGUGCCCGCUUACUCCCUUCUUCUAGUGCGAAGCAGAUCCACACGCAUGAGGAGAUCAAGGGCGUGCCGUACUGGGCUGUGGACACUUCUGCUAGCGAUGAGAAAUGGGUUGACAGCCUGCGGUUGGAGACGCCUAAGUGGAGCGAGCCACGGCCUGCUGCACUCACGUAUGAUGCUGUGGACGCUUCACUCUUCUCGGUAGGUCGGACGAUGGUGGACUGGAAUGGGAGGAAUAGGUUCUGUCCUGGCUGUGGGGGUGAACAGUAUUCACUUUGGGGAGGAUGGAAGUUAGGCUGCUUGACAAACUUGCCUUGGUCGACGAAUAAGACGCCCGUCAAUGGCGAAGCCUGCCCAUCUGGGAAAGGCCUGCAGAACUAUGCUUUCCCUCGUACUGACGGAGUGGUCAUCAUCGCCGUCGUACGCGAGUCGCCCACCGUGCCAGGGGAAGAAGAGCUCUUGCUGGGGAGGAACAAGCCCUGGCCAAAGGGAUUCUACUCCGUCCUAUCUGGAUUCUGGGAGCCUGGAGAGAGCGCGGAGGACGCUGUCCGCCGGGAGAUGCUCGAAGAAGCGGGGAUGGUGGUCAGUCAUGUUCGGUAUCAUUCGUCCCAGCCCUGGCCCUAUCCUGCUAACCUCAUGCUCGGCUGUUAUGCGCGCGCUGAGCUGCCUGCCUCUAUAGCGAGCAGCACCGAUAUCCGUGCUGGGAUCCGGCUCGACCUCGACAACGAGCUAGAAGACGCGCGGUGGUUUACCCGCGCCGAGGUGCGCGCGAUCCUAGGCGAUGCCGAUCCUGAUGGGGAGGCUGUUGAGCAGAAUAUCAAGACGGAGGAAGGGGUGAAGAUCUUUGUGACCCCUCGGUCUGCUGUGGGCGGCGUGUUGAUCGCUGAGUGGGCGGGUGUUGUGCAUGAGCAUAAGACGAACAAAGGGGCGUCAGUAUUCCAGAAAGCGGGUGAAUGAGUGAUAUGCAAAGUAUCUUUUUGCAAUGUUUAUGAAUGAAAUGUACAAAG